CAACUGCAAAACAAAACCGCAUUUGAUUUUGAGCUGUGAGACUGUACCCCUAUUCCCGUCUUUUGCAGAUCGUCCUCAAUCCCAUCUCAACAUUCUACACGCCCUUUGGCCACACCUCCUCGCUAAGCAAAGAUAUGGGUUCAAUGCCGGAGCCCGAGCCGGCUCGUGGGAUUCGCAUCUCCAUCGAUCGUGGUGGUACCUUCACAGACUGCGUCGCCUUCGUACCAGGACAAGAUGAUAUUUUAGUCAAGUUACUGUCCGUAGACCCAGACAACUACCCAGAUGCGCCCGUCGAGGCCAUACGGAGGGUGUUGGAGCAGGCGACGGGAAAACCAUAUCCGAAGGGGGAGAAGAUUUCUUUGCGGGGAGUCGAGUCCAUCAAAAUGGGGACCACAGUCGCUACGAAUGCUCUACUUGAGCGGAGGGGCGAGCGCACUGCUUUCGUUGUGACGAAAGGCCUCAAGGAUCUGCUCCACAUUGGCGAUCAGUCCAGACCGAAGCUCUUUGACCUGGCUAUUAACAAGCCAGACGUGCUGUACUCCAAAGUCAUUGAAGUGCCAGAACGCGUUACACUGGAGGCGUCGACUGAGUGCCCCUCCCUACCCGAGGCAACGAUAGACGGGGUAGACCUAGUAAAGGGGAUCACUGGAGAAACGGUGAGGAUUCUUCAGCGGAUAGACCUUGAAGAAACCAAACAGGCGCUGCAGUCGGCGUAUGACGAAGGUUACCGCUCCGUGGCAGUGUGUUUGAUGCACAGCUACACAUUCCGAGACCACGAACUUGCGGUCGGCAAGCUAGCGGCUGAUAUCGGCUUCACGCACAUCUCCCUCAGCGCCGAGCUCUCACCCGUGGUCAAGAUGGUGCCCCGGGGUCAUUCGUCCACAGCGGACGCAUACCUCACUCCGGAGAUUAAGCGGUAUAUUUCCGGUUUCGAGUCCGGAUUCGAGGCGGAUAUGCGAUCGAGUGGCUGCCGUUGUGAGUUCAUGCAGAGCGAUGGCGGGUUGGUCGAGUUCGAAGGCUUGUCUGGCCUGAGGGCUAUUCUCUCGGGGCCGGCUGGUGGUGUGGUGGGAUAUGCGAGAACGGCGUAUGAUGAGAAGGAGGGGACGCCGGUUAUUGGGUUUGAUAUGGGCGGGACUAGUACGGAUGUCUCUCGUUAUGCCGGAAAGCUGGAGCAGGUCUUUGAGACUACCACAGCUGGUGUCACUGUUCAGAGUCCCCAGCUGGACAUUAACACAGUUGCUGCUGGAGGCGGAAGUAUACUGACCUGGCAAUCUGGCAUGUUCAAGGUCGGGCCGGAUAGUGCUGGCGCCCAUCCUGGCCCUGCUUGCUACCGGAAAGGGGGCCCCUUAACGGUGACAGAUGCCAAUCUUGUCCUGGGCCGGCUCCGACCCGAGUUCUUCCCCAAGAUAUUUGGACCCAAUGAGGAUCUUCCGCUGGAUAUCGAGGCCAGUCGGCGACUUUUUGACGAAGUCACGGCUGAAAUCAACCGGGAGGUUGCGGUCAAGUUGACAGUGGAGGAAGUUGCUGCUGGAUUCCUCGACGUGGCAAAUGAGUCCAUGUGUCGGCCAAUCCGGACCUUAACUGAAGCCAAGGGGUUCGAUACAGGCCGUCACAAUUUGGCAUCGUUCGGCGGCGCAGGAGGCCAACACGCAUGCGACAUGGCCAGGGCUCUAGGCAUCUCACGCGUGCUCAUUCACAAGUACUCUUCGCUAUUGUCUGCGUACGGAAUGGCCCUGGCCGACGUGGUGCACGAGGAGCGCAGUCCCUGCGCUCUCGUGUACGACGAAAAUACUAUGACCAUAGCGACCAAAGAGCUUGACGUUCUUCAGGAGAAGGCGGUUGACAAGCUGCUGAAACAGAACAUCGCCAAGAAGUCUAUCGAGUCUGAGAGUUACCUCAACAUGCGGUUCAAGGGGAGCGACACGCCCCUGAUGGUGCAGGAGACGAGCGAGCCAUGGGGCUAUCUCGAGGCCUUCAAGAAGGCACACCAACAGCAGUUCGGUUUCUUGCCGGUGGGCCGCGAGGUACUCAUUGAUGACUUUCGAGUACGGUCCAUUGGCCACAGCUCGGCACAAAUCCCGAAACCUUGGCCCGUAGAGCUGGCCUCCUUCUCUUCUAUCCUGAACGACAAUAAACCCACCACCAUCACCGACGCCGAGGCCACAGCCAAGGUCUUCUUCCAGGGCUCAGGCUGGUGCCAAGCCCCCAUGCACAACCUUGACUCCCUAGCCCCUGGCUCCCGGGUGCCCGGCCCUGCGCUCAUCAUGGACAGCAAGCAGACUAUCGUGGUAAUUCCGAGAUCGACGGCGACGAUUCUCUCCGACACGGUUGUCAUUGAUGUUGAUGUCGACAAGAAAGAGGAGGUGUCGUCCAGCACUGUGGACCCAAUCCAGUUGUCCAUCUUCGGCCACCGCUUUAUGGGCGUGGCUGAGCAGAUGGGUCGUGCGCUGCAGAAAACGAGCGUCAGUACGAAUAUUAAGGAGAGGCUGGACUUUUCGUGUACUGUAUUUUCGCCUGAUGGUGGGCUGGUGGCGAAUGCGCCGCAUGUUCCUGCUAUGAUCGGCAGUAUGGCCUUUGCCGUCAAGUGGCAGAUGGAGUACUGGGGAAGUGAUCUGUGCCCCGGCGACGUGAUUCUGUCCAACUCACCUAUAUGCGGCGGCACCCAUCUGCCCGACCUGACCGUCAUAACUCCCGUAUUCGACGCCAAAGGAGAGAAUAUCAUCUUCUGGACCGCAUCAAGAGGUCAUCACGCCGAUAUCGGCGGAAUUCUCCCAGGUUCCAUGCCACCCAAUUCUAAAGAACUGUGGGAAGAGGGCGCCGUCAUCAAGGCUUUCAAGGUUGUCGAGGGCGGCGAGUUCAAGGAAAAGGAGUUAACCGAGCUCCUGAUGGCGCCGGGCAAAAUCCCUGGAUGCCAAGGAACACGCUGUCUCAGGGAUAACAUCUCUGAUAUCAAGGCCCAGGCUGCGGCGAACCACAGGGGCAGUCAACUUAUUGGACGCUUGAUUGAGGAUUAUGGUCUUGAGGCUGUGCAAUUCUACAUGGAGGAGAUCCAGGGCGCUGCUGAGAUGGCGGUGCGAGACAUGCUGAAGACCAUUUACAAGAUGACGGGUGGCAAGGCACUCGAAGCCGUUGAUUACAUGGAUGACGGCACCGCAAUUCAGCUGAAGGUAACCAUCGACCCCACGACGGGCGGCGCAGUAUUUGACUUUGAGGGUACUGGGCCGGAAGCUUAUGGCAACUGGAACGCCCCCAUAGCCAUCUGCAACUCGUCCAUCAUCUUCGCCCUCCGCUGCAUGGUCAACAUCGACAUGCCCCUUAACCAAGGCGCUAUCCGCCCCAUCUCGGUUCACAUCCCGACCAACUCGCUCCUCCGCCCCUCCGCCGAAGCCGCCGUCUGCGCCGGCAACGUGCUCACGUCUCAGCGCAUCGUCGACGUCAUCUUUCGAGCCUUUGGCGCCGUCGCGGCUAGUCAGGGGUGCAUGAAUAACCUCACCUUUGGCACGGACGAUGCCGAAACGGGAGGGUUCGGGUACUAUGAGACGAUCUGUGGUGGAUCGGGUGGAGGGCCGACGUGGGAUGGGACCAGUGGGGUGCAUACCAACAUGACGAAUACUCGAAUUACGGACCCGGAGGUGUUGGAGAGGCGUUACCCGGUCAUUCUGCGGAGAUUCUGUCUCCGUGAGGGGAGUGGGGGGAAGGGAUUGCACCCCGGCGGAGAUGGAAUCAUAAGAGAUAUCGAGUUUAUGGUGCCUAUUAAGGUGUCGAUUCUGAGUGAGCGGAGGGCAUUCCGGCCGUAUGGGUUGGAAGGGGGCGAGGAUGGGAAGAGAGGAGAGAAUUUGUGGGUUAGGAAGGCGUCGGGGAGGGUGAUCAACUUGGGAGGGAAGAAUACGGCGUUGAUGGAGAAAGGGGAUAGGAUUGUGGUGCAGUCUCCAGGUGGGGGUGGAUGGGGGAAACCGCUGGGCGGUGAGAAUGGAAAUGCGACGUUUGCGAAUGGGACAUGGGCUGGGAAUGGAAAUCGAGCGAAUGGCGUGGCUUCUUUUGUUUCUCGUGCGAAUGGGACGGCGAAUGCGAUUCAGGCUAUGGGGGAGUCCGCAUAG